AUGGUGAGCAAAGAGCCCAACCACUUGCUCACAGGCCGAACCAACGGCAAGAGCACCUUGGCAGACAAGUUGCCCGGGACGAUGACUGUGCGCUCCGUGCUGCUCAAUCGAGACUCCCCAGAUAUCGAGAGCCGCCUCAAGCGCCGCCGCAACCGCACCCACCAGGUCCGCUUCAAAGACCUGGAGGAUGGCAGCAGCAGCAGCGGCAACAGUGGGACGGGAGAAAACAAUAGCCAUCAGAGGCCUGCACCGGACUGCGACAGCCCGCAUCCUCUUCGCAAACACGGCAGCAGGUCCCCGAAGCCGUGGACCGCCCGGGACGGGCCUCGGACUCAGAGUCUACCUGGCCAAACCUCCGUGGUGGGGUCUGUGCGUGGGGACAUGGAAAGUACUAUCGAGGUGGUCGCUGCCUUCUUAGCCAGGGCCCCUCCUCAUCCGUUGACUCCGGGUCCCACGCGGCGAUGCUGGGCCCCGCCACAGAUCAACUCCUUGACCUUGCCGAUGACACGCAGGCCCAGUACGAGCACCAGCACAGCCAUCCAGACCUCCCCAUGCCUAAAAAAGCCCCAGCCCCUCUCUUCCACCCAUACACACAGCCACAGCCUCGGGGACUCACUGGGCAUGGAUGGGGACGACGAACAUGACUCUCAAGAUGAGUACCUUGCGCACAACCAUGUGUUGGGGUCUUGGUCCAAGGACCAGAACGGUCCUCCUGGGCCUGGCGAUCGAGCUGCGGUGGAACGGAGAUCCAGAGCCUCCAGGACAGACAUCAAAUCAGCUGUUAGUUUGGUGAAGAACUCCCGGCAUAGCUGUCCCCCGUCGGUGUUUCACAACACGGAGCCGUUUCACGGCUCCUCCGCGUCCUGUCGAGACGGCCCCAAGCGUCAGGGAAGCAGCACUCCCUCCAUGGUCCGGAGGAGGAAGCGGCUUAAUCGGACAGCAAGUGAUCCUGGAAAGGAAGUGCACUACUGCACCAUUCCCACUCAAACCGAAAGCCACAGUCCAUCCCCGCCGCCUUCAAACACCAACUUCUGCACCACUCAACACAGUUGUGGUAUGCUCCAGUCCUUCCCCAGUUGCACCAUCAUGCCCCAUGCAAAACUGCUCCACCCCUAUCUCAAGCAUAGUAUCACCAGCUCCUCCAACCUGUUCCACUCCUACCCCAACUCUCUGCAAAAUACCUCUUCUGCCAACACGGGCAUCACCCCCUACUCCUCCCCAGUCCCCAAAUUAAAAUCCUGCACUUCUCCGCCUCCCCUCGUGCAAACAUACGCGUCCACUCUUCCGAAUGCACAAACGUGUGCGACCCCAACGAAAGCGGUUCCUCUUUAUUCGUCCAAAUUUCGUGCCGCGCCGCCAUACACGCCCCCCUCUCAGGCGCCGUACAACGCUCAAGAUAAGAGGGGGAUUCGACUUCCGCCUCCACCGCCGCCACCUCCACCUUACACGCCACGCAAAACGGGAAGCGAUCCACCCGGUCCUGCAGUCAGAACCCCCGUGCUCACGGCAGACGGCAAGGCCGGCAAGGGAGAUAAAGACGAGGAAAAGGAGGAAAGGGAAGAUAUAAAAUGUACAGACUCACCCAAGCUGUGUGAGAGAGCCAGCUCUCUGAAGCACAGAGCUCAGACUCCGCCAGUUGCUGUGAUGAAGGAAGAGAAGCCGGCCUCCUCCUCUCCUGCCAAGGCCUGUUUUAAGUCCAGCUGUCUCAGCUCAGCCCAGGCUCAGCUCGGGGUGCUGCACAAAAUGCUCUGCUCAGGACCCAGUGCCAGGCCCAACACCCCCAACAGACAAUGCCCUGCAAAGCAGCAGAGUUGCUCUGGAGCCAGGGGCCGCUCUGAAUCUGGGGAGCGGCCUACAGCCGGACCGCUGACUGCCACCCAGGCUGACACACUGAGACAGGUCCAGGAGAUUCUGGGAGGGUUGGUGUCUGGUGCCAGGUGUAAACUGGACCCAUCCAGGAUGACAGAGAAGCUCCUGGGUCCCAACGGACCCCUGCAUGAUAUUCGUAACCUGCAGACUCAGCUCCAAAGCCUGGAGGGGGUCCUGGAGACCAGCCAGAACACCAUUAAGGUCCUGCUGGAUGUCAUUCAAGACCUCGAGAAGAAGGAAGCCGAAAGAGAAGGAAGACAUUCAUACCGGACCGGGCAGGACAUCGAGAACUGUGGGACCUGCAGGGACUGCGCCUGCAUCAUCUACAGUGUAGAGCAUGACUUUCGGCUGCAGGAAGGCCAGGUGGUACGCACAUGGAAGGUGGGCGACCCUCCCGAGGGCUCGCCACAGACCCCGACUCCCCAGCCCUCCACACCCAACCAACAAGACUCCCCCCAGCCGGUGCGACCCCCCGCCACCACCAGGAAGAACAGGAAGAAAUGUUUCUGGUUCCUCUGAGUGCAAGCGGGUUGGAGGAAACAAACAAAAAAGACAUUUUUGAUACCAUGAUGCACUGCGCACCCUUCUUCAAAAACCUGCAAAUGAUGAACUACGGAGACGUGGAAUGAACUGGAAGGAUGGGAAUACACUAAAUGCAAACAUGAGACUGUGGGAGGGGGACGAGGGUGACGAGGGUUCUGGAUAUGUUGCUGUUGGAGUAGAUGAAGAUGGUUUGAUUGGGCCGUGUUGUUACUGCUCUAGAAAUGCCUCUUCAGCACUUACAGGUUCGGUUCUGGUGCAGGGAAGCAAAAGUGCUGAAGUCCAAAAAAAGCAAAAGUUCAGUCCACAAUAUGACUCACAGUAGGAAGCAAUAGGAGACAUGAAGAGGAUAUAUAGCGGGUGGAACGGGGCAAAGGGCAAAGGGCAAAGGGCAAUACAGCACAGAGGAUGGAGUAUAUUUAUAAAAGAUGAAAUAAAUAAAGUUUAUAUAUAGGUAAAUAGAGAAAAAGACAGAGGAAAGAUUCAUCUUCAUUAAUGGACUAAUGAGGGUCAGAACACCAGCUUUUAUAUCCAGAGACAUUUAAAAUGAAUUAUUAUGACCUGUAUUUAAAACUUUUAAUAUAUUGUAAUUGAUAACACAUUACUACACGUCUACAUGCACAUGCAACACACACGCACACACACACACACACCUACUUAAACAGAUUAAGUGACAUAUUUACAUAAAAGGCAUAUAUAAAUGGAGACAUUGAGUGAGCUGAGCUACUCUCCUUGGAUGCUAUAUUUCAGAUAUGGAUUUACAGCUCUAUAAAAAUAUUUUACCACA